UUGAGCUGCCUGCCUGCUGGAGAGAAUCCAUCCCAGAAACAAACCGCCCCCUCCCACUCUGAACGCCCCCGCUUCAGAUGGAACUCAAAAUACAUUAAUCCUCCAUGUUGCACAGGGAAUGUCGGGCCACCAGAUGUGAAACGCCGUUUUAAAAAGUCCGGUCGAGCAACUUGUUAGUAAUUAAUGCGCGUUUUUGGACGGACACCAAUUCCCUUUAACGGGCUUCCGAGUGUUUUCAGCGCUGUUCCAGACUCGGCCUCGUAUUGGAUAAUCGAUGCUAACAGGCUAACGCUAGCUGCUUGCCGACCUAACUUAGUUUGGACUUUAAGGUCGGGUUUUAUUUCAUUUUUUACACAUAUAUACAUAUAUAUUUGGACAGCGGCAUUACUGAGGCGGCUGAUAAUUUCUUGCUUAAAGCGAAAUAUAUUUUUUUCUUUCGGACAGCCAUAAAUGACAUCCUCCAGUCAGCGCCGUGCUAGCUGGCUGGCUCCAACCGCUGCUCCUCAGACGGUUUCCUGGCUUUGUGGCCACAGGCUGCUAGCUUAGUGGAGCUAGCUACAACGAAGCGGGCGCGUUAUCGCGAAUAACAUUGCUGCAAAACGAAACAGGAAUAAAAACCCGUCUCAAUGGACCACAUGUCCAUAAUAACUCAAGUCCCCAACCCGAAGGAGGAGGAAAUAAUAUCUUUCAACCAAGAAAAAGCAUCCCAGUCAAACAGCAGCCUGAAGAAGCAGCGGAGUCGAAGUAUAUUCAGCACAUUCUUUUGUUGCUUCCGUAACUACAAUGUGGAGCCACCAGCUACCAACAGCAGCUCCCCGCCUCCUCCUGUCGAGGAGAACGGAUCGCCUCCUAAGCCACCAGCCAAAUACCUCCUACCAGAGAUGAAAAUAUCUGACGAUGGUAAAAAGUGUGUGGUGAUAGACUUGGAUGAAACACUCGUGCACAGCUCAUUUAAGCCCAUCAGUAAUGCUGAUUUUAUUGUACCGGUGGAGAUCGAUGGUACCGUUCACCAGGUGUAUGUGCUGAAACGGCCCCAUGUGGACGAGUUCCUCCAGAAGAUGGGGGAGCUGUUUGAAUGUGUGCUCUUCACAGCCAGUCUAGCUAAGUAUGCAGACCCCGUGGCAGACCUGCUGGACCAGUGGGGGGUUUUCCGAGCGCGGCUCUUCAGAGAAUCCUGCGUGUUUCACAGAGGGAACUAUGUUAAAGACCUCAGCCGACUGGGGCGAGAGCUCAACAAUGUUAUUAUUGUUGACAAUUCCCCUGCCUCAUAUAUUUUCCAUCCAGAAAAUGCUGUCCCAGUUCAGUCUUGGUUUGACGACAUGAAUGACACAGAACUCCUGGACCUGCUGCCUUUUUUUGAGAAACUCAGCAAAGAAGACGAGGUUUACGGAGUCCUGCAAAAUUUCCGAAGCAGGUAGCAGGACAUGCUGCAGCUCAGCCUGUGCUCUGCGGCCUCCUCUCUGUCCAUCUCUGUCCUUUUUCUACAGCCCGCCGUCUCUCCAGGCUCUGGAAGAUGACCCGGGAGGCAGGGCGGGGGGGUUCUCACUGUGGAAACCUCCGUGUUCAACCAUGUCUCUCUGCUCUCUCCUCCCUGUGACUGGCUGCCUUCUGAGUGCCAUCA